AACGAUUUAUUACGACAUCCAUCGGGAAAAUGCCUUCCAAAGCUAUACUUGCCAGGAACGACCAUCUAUUUUUUAUCAGUAAAAUUUCCUGUCUCGGAUUCAUUCAUUUCAGUGCACUCCUACAUACCUUCUUUCUCCGGACCUUUGUUCUUCAGUGCCCUGAAAGCAUGCGACACUCUAUUACUUCUCCCGCCGUGCGCGACCUUUCUCGGCUUUGUGUCCGGUGUCAACUCCGAGUUCGCCGAGCUUCAACUCUUGUGCCAUCGCAUCGACCGUCUGUAGCAGCGACGCCCACACGACAUCAUGUAGCUCUCGCAGUGGCGGUUCGGGGCCCAGCAACGAACAGAGCUCAUGCCCGCGCCGUAUCUAGUGCCGCGCAGGCCGAGCAAGAACCGGCCUCGUCCGGUGCACCACCCUCGACACAUUAUGACCUCUUCCCUGAGACGCUUCCCGAUGGUCCUCCUCCGGCAGGACACUUUCCCAUCGAUACUCGCGCUUUGCGCCGUGAGUUUCUCCGUCUGCAAGCCCGGGCUCAUCCGGAUAUGCAUCCUGCUCAGGACAAAGCUCGUGCCGAGGCCAUGUCAGCGCUCAUAAAUGAGGCUUAUAAGACGCUUUCUAACCCUCUUCUGCGAGCACAAUAUCUACUCUCUCUUCGAGGUGUCGACGUCGCCAACGAUGAGACCCUCAAGGUGGAAGAGCCAGAACUAUUAAUGCUUGUGCUUGAGGCGCGCGAGGAGAUUGAGGAUGCCGAGCACGAGGAGGAUCUAGACGAACCUCGUGCCGCGAACGAUGCACGCAUUGCGGAGAGUGAACAGGUACUCGAGCGCGCGUUUCAGCAUGAUGAUAUCGAGGCUGCGAAACAUGAGGCUGUGCGUCUGCGCUAUUGGGUCAAUAUCAAGGAAAGUUUGGAUAACUGGGAGAGGGGCCAUCAUGUUGUGCUGCAGCAUUAAAUAGACAGAAACGAAAAAGUCCUGGUGGCAUUGCUUGGGUACCACCCAGGUUCUCUUGACAUGAUAGAUAAGAUAAAUAUGCGACCAGACUUGACCGAUGUAUCAUGAGCGCUGCUUUGAAGAUACUCGCAUGGUUUUAAUUGACGACAGCAUCUUAUAAUGGGAGUGGAUUCAGGCCUGGAGCUUCCUCUUGGAGUGAUGUGUCAAGCAAGUUUUUCGCAUUCGACUAGGGAGUGGAUUGCUGUUCAUCAAUCUUAGAUCGAAGAUAUGCAACAUGUUGCAGGGGUUUGGGACUUUUCUUUGUCCUGCAACCUCGAGAUGACCGAUGACCUCGAAGACGAGGUGCCUGGCACUGACUUCACGGUACUGGUGACCCUCUUUGUAUAUCAUUGUAUGAAUAUCUCCAGAGUUAGAUAGUAGAUCCUGAUUUCCUACUGAAAUCAAUGGCUGGGA